CUCCUUCCAAAGUUACACAGCACUGUGAGGCAACACAAACCCCCAACCUCACCCCACUCCGCCCAAAACCCUAGCGACCCAUCCCCUUCCUCCCACCCCGGCGGCCGGCGCCAUGGCCGAGCCGGUGCCGCACCUCACCGACGAGAUCAUGGAGGAGAUCUUCCUCCGCCUGGACACGCCAGCCGCGCUCGCCCGCGCCUCAACCGCCUGCCCCCGUUACCGCCGCGUCAUCACCCAGCGCUCCUUCCUCCGCCGCUACCGCAAACGCCACCCGCCGCCGCUCCUCGGACUCCUCAGCGAGCAAGACGGCUUCCACCCCGCUCAGGCGCCCCACCCCUCCGCCCCGCUCGCGCGCGCCCUCGCCGCCGCCGCUGAUUUCACCUACUCAUUCGUCCCCAAGCUCAAAGUUGGUACCCCACCGUUCCCUGCCGACUGGUAUCUCCGCGACGGCCGCGUCCUCCUCGACGAUAGACCAGGCAAAACCACCACGGCCAUGUUCACAAACCUUGCGGUUUGCGACCCCUGUCACAGCGCUACGUGUUGAUUCCGCCCAUACCCAAGGACCUAGCCGUCCAGGAAGAGAAAUUUGUUCAAAUCGAGACAAUGCUCGCUCCCGUCGGUGACGAAGAGGAUGAGACGGCCUUCAGAGUUAUCUGCCCGGCGCACUACACCGGCAAAUUGGUUGCAUUUGUCUUCUCCUCCGUCACUUCAAAUUGGUGUAUAGCUGCAUCCACCAGCUGGAGUUCUUUGGGCUUGGUUCAGCCCAAUUUGACAUUGUCCGAUCACAGUUGCCUACAGGGCUGCUUCUACUGGUCGGACCUUUGCAGUUUCUGGAGGGACAAGUGGCUUGUGCCCUGGAGGGACAAGUGGCUUGUGCUGGACACGCGCACAAUUGAGUUCUGCACUAUCGACUUCCUCACAGGUUACCAUAAGCAACUUGUAGAUCAGCCUGGCCAGAGGAGACGCCAGUCUUCCAUUGUAGUGGCUAGAGAGGAAGAAGCCCUUAAGAUGGUUUCUCUCGUCGGUGAUAGGAAUACAAAAGGCACGUUUGCUGUCCAUCACACCAUUCAGAAAGAUAACGAUGACUCUUCCAUGGACUGGCAGCUGAAGGAAAUCAGACCGUUGUCUAGCCAGUAUUACUAUUACACCGUGGGUGCAGCUGAGGGAUUCCUAUUCCUUGGAGCUACUACCUUUGCAGAAGAGGAGUGGGUAGCUGAUGGAGCCUGGUUGAGGCAGAGGAGUUAUUUUGAAGUACAUUAUUUUUCGCUGGAUGUCCGGACUUCUGAACUUACAAAGGUUUGCAGUAAGUUGAGGGCACUAUUUGAUAAUGAAAGUAUUUUCUGGUACUUCGGCCUCCCUCCAUCGUUGUCAAAACCGAGUAUAUGAAGUGGAAGAAUCUGGCUUCGCUUUUGGGGUCUCUUAUUUUGGGCAUGCAUCUGUAGCUUUCGAGGAGAAAUGGAGGGUGGACAAGAUGGUGCUGCGAACAUGCUAUGUCAGAUUCAGCGUAUUUCAGCAAGACACCAUCUAAGCAAGUUGAAUUUGCUGAACGCUAUAGUAUGUAAGAUAGUAAGCUUUUGAGGGUGUUCCUGACCUGUAGUGGUGAUGUACCUGUUCUUGCAGAGACCUUGCUGCAUAAGGCUGCGUCGUAUCAUCCUGCUCAGCAUGUUCAUGCAUCAUCUAGUUUCCAUGCAUCUGAUGAUCCGUUGCUGCUUUAAGCUCUUCAUGGCUCGUGCUAGUUUUCAGCGCUAAAAUUUUGUGUUUUGUUGGGUACGUUUUAAAGCCAGAAAAGUAAUUGUGAUCA